UGGGGGACGCGUCUCCCAUAAACAAGGACAGCGGACUCGUGACGCGUCGGGGAUCGCCAAUGCAAAUGUGUAUGCUCCCUCACUCCCUGCCAUCUAGUUUUGUAACGAUCUGCUCUUCCAUGGAGAGGGAAAGAGAGUGGAGAAAGACGAGGAGCGGGGAGACGAUUCUUAAACGUAACAAUACAAACGUGGCUUCACUGGUUUUGGAUAUAAAAUAGGAGCGAAUAUUUUAUAUUUCAGAAUACGUGGGAGAGAAAUUCGACCCUGAAUCUGAGAGCGUUCUGUAUGAUAACACGCAGUCUCGAAGCGUCGACAUCCAAGGCAGGCGAAACGGUUUUUCCAAGAAACUACUUGCUUCCAGGGCUUGUUCUGUUCCCUUGGAGAUUACUGUAAAGUCUGGCGCUGCUGUGACACAUCUGAGGGACCUGAUUACACAGUGGUCCUUUUGGUUGCCAGUCCAAAGGCAUGGCUAUGAACCACAAAGAGUCAUUAACCAUCUAAGGCUGCAGCCAGGUAGCCUACCUACUGUGUGACUGGACUGAUGGGGCCUUGGGAAGGUUAUAAUGAGGUUUUAACCCUCACCCUUCUCUCUGGAAUGGUGGCUCACUAGGGAUCAAAGAGCCACCAGCUGAACAGUGGGGAUGGCCACGGCCCUCUACAGGCUGCGUUGCUUCCUGCGGCGAGCUCAGAUGCUCCUCCUCUUCCUGGGGAUCGCCUACCUGAUGGCGGGGAGCAUCCUGCUGCUGCAGCGCUCCAGCCUGACCCUAAAGACCGCUCAGCCACCAGGCGACGCCAGUCUCCCUUCUCUCAUGGCACUGCCAGCACCUCCCACAGCCGUGAGGGCCUCCCCCGGCCUGGGCCUGAGGGCGCGCUCCAGAUGGGCAGCCACCCAGGGUGUGUUGGGUGGUGGAGGGGGCAUCAAGACGGGGAGACACUGGCCCACGUCCAGACACCUGGGGGUCCAACACCUGCACCACCGCUGGUUCCACGGUCUCAUGCCAGACACGCAGGAGCAGAGAGGUCCUCUACAACGCAAUAAAAGGCACAAAGGGACCUACAUGGGCUGCUUCAUGCAUGAUGCCAAUGAACAAGCCCUGGGGGGAACCAUGCUGUAUGAUCUGCGCAAAAUGACCAGCUCUUUGUGUCAAGACACCUGCUCAGAAAGUGGUUACCAGUUCGCAGGUCUGGAGUACGGAGCAGAGUGUCACUGUGGUAACCGCAUCAGCAGCCCGCAGGCCCAGGAGGAGGACUGUAGCCUGGGCUGCAGAGGGGAGAGGGGGGAGAGGGGAGCACCCUGUGGGGGCGUGGGGCGCCUCUCCAUCUACAAGGUGGAGGAACAGCUCCCAGGACAGAGGAAAUUCAGAAACGUCCGCUACAGUGGCUGCUUCAAGUUGCCCAAAAACAUCACCAUCGUCUUCCCUGUCUACUCCCUCCAGUCAAACUCCACGUCACAGUCCUGCAUCGAGACCUGCACAGAUAAGGAGCUCCCACUGGCUGUGUUGAGGAACCCACACUGUUACUGUGCCUGGGCCUCAUCUCUGUUUAGACUGAACCAACGUCUGCCACCAGACCAGCCAUGUCUGGAGACCAACGGCACAGCACACACUGUUGCCUCCACAUCCUGGGCGGACCCAUACUACUACCAGGUCUACCAGACACCUGUGCUUGACUCCAGGUGUAAAGAGAGGAUGUUUCUACCUGAGAGGUCCACCUCCCUGGUGGCUCUCUCCAGCUUCCCCGGAGCUGGCAACACCUGGGUACGCCACCUGAUCGAGCUCGUGACGGGCUACUACACUGGCAGCUUCUACUUUGAUGGCACACUUUACAACAGAGGUUUCAAAGGGGAGAAGGACUACUGGAAGAGUGGGCGUAGCAUCUGUGUGAAGACCCAUGAGAGUGGGCAGAGAGAGAUCGAGAUGUUUGACUCUGCCAUCUUACUGAUCCGUAACCCCUACCGUUCCCUCAUGGCAGAGUUCAACAGGAAGUGUGCCGGACACCUUGGCUAUGCCACAGACAAACAGUGGAGGAGCAAAGAGUGGCCAGAGUUUGUUGACAGCUAUGCCCCCUGGUGGGCGUCCCACGCUCUGAGCUGGCUACAGUUUGGCCGUCGCCUGUUGGUGGUGCACUACGAGGACCUGCAGAGGGCGCUCUUUCCCCAGCUCCGCCUCCUCACCUCCUUCCUCAACGCCACCAUAACGGAGGAGAGGCUGAUGUGUGCCCAGAGCAACCAGGACGGUCACUUCAAACGCUCUGGUAGGGCCCAGCGGCCCUCCUUCGACCCCUUCACAGCAGAGUUGAGGAGCACCAUUGAUUCCUACAUCCACACAGUGGACCAGGCCCUGAGGGACAGGAACUACAGCGGCCUGCCGCACGACUACAUACCCAGUUGAUCCUCCUCAGCUGAUCCAAACUGGAGUCCAAAAGGACACGUCAACAAAUAAAGGGGAGGGGGAAGGUGUCAUCUCUGCCACCACUCCAAAGGUAGUAGUCCAGUCUAGUCAUUAGCAUGGUUGGGUGAAAGGUUUUUAGAUGUGUUGGAGAAUUCUGUCAGCUACAGAACAUUUUCAGAAGAGUGACUCAGAGGGAAAGUGACUAUGAACACACCAAUGGGUAAUUGUUUGACACACUUGACAUGUCCAACCCACUGUGAGUGGCUGCCGAGAGUGUAGUAACAUGGAGUUAAACGUCAGUGUAAACUGUCAGUGUCACUGGGAUGAAAACAUGGCUGAACAUUACAGCUCCUGCUGAAAGGUCUCAGGGCAAGAGCCAAACUCUCUCUAUUGGAAGAAAAUGGAAACAUCCCCCUUUCCACUGCAGGCGUUGGGAGUUUGGAGCAAGUGCCUGUCUGCAAAAACAAUUCAAUCAAGGAUUGUAGGCUCUGAGGCUUUUAGCUUUAAAUGGAAUCUUUAGGUUAUUUCUAUUUGUUUGGGAUUUUUGUAAUGUUUAAUAUCAGUUUUACUGGUAGAGGGCGGUUAAACAGAAAAUGUGCCAUUCAACAAUGUCAAUCGGAUCGUUGUAAUGGACUUAUGCCAAUUAAAUCUCCAUAUGUUUAGCUCUAUUGUCAGCUUUUUCAUUACUGCUGGUGUUCGGUCAUAUACAGGCAAUUCUACAAAUGUAUUCCUGGUGGUUUGUAUGUUUGUAAGUGCAUUCCAUCUCUCUGAGAGACCUAAAGUGACAUGACAUUGUGAACAGGCCUUUUGCAUCACGUUCUGUACCAUAUCUUGUUCAAAUUGUGGCUGUGAAUCUUGGUCAAAUAGGUUUCUAAUGUUUAUCAGGGAGAGUGUAGGCUACCUCGUGAGAAUAGAAUACUUACACUUGAAUGAAGUUUCCCAAAUUAUAAUUUUAAUUGCAUGCCUAUUGUUCAGUCUGACGGCAAACAACAAGUCAACACAUUGUAAAGAUAAUGUCCAGGUUGUCUGUUUAUCUUAAAAAAUGCCUAACAAAAAAUGUGUCAUAUUAAUAAAUCUAAAAGCUGGAUCCAUGCACAGACAAACGACAGCAGUGGCAUAGUGGUGGAACAAAACAAACACAGAUUCAUUAGAAAAUAAAUAAGGUGUGACUCUCUCUGGCUGUCUGCCAUUGAAUUUCACACAAAGACAACAUAACAAAUAAAAUCAUUGGACCCUAUAGUUUAAAUGAGAUGAUUAACUAUUUACAUAGUGAUGUGGGUCCUAAGCCACUGAGAAGAGCCACUCCCUAUCAAAACCCUCAAUAAUACCAUUAACUCAUCUGUCAAAAGGCUGAGUCUGUAACUCAUUGUCAUUAUUCAUCGUCUCUUACCCUGGCACAAGGGUGACGACUAUAGUGUAACUAGCUCAUUGAAAUAUAGUCAAUGCAUUGCUCUCAAUGUUUUUUCAAAUUUAUUUUUCAGAGGUGUAGUUUAUUUGUUUCAUCCAAAAUAAAUAAAUAACCUUUGGACUAUAAAA